GCCAGCCGCGCGGACCGAGGGAGCCGGGUGGCCGCCGCCUGCACGCCCGCGUGCCGGGGCUGCGGUGGGCCAGGAUGUCGGGCUUCCUGGAGGAGCUGCUCGGCGAGAAGCUGGUGACGGGCGGUGGCGAGGAGGUGGACGUGCACUCGCUAAGCGCCCGCGGCAUCUCGCUGCUCGGGCUCUACUUCGGCUGCAGCCUGAGCGCCCCCUGCGCGCAGCUCAGCGCCAGCCUGGCCGCUUUCUACAGCCGCCUGCGGGGGGACGCGGCGGCCGGGCCAGGGGCCGGGGCCGGGGCCGGGCCGGGGCCGGGGGCCGGAGCGGCCGCGGAGCCGGAGCCGCGGCGCCGCUUGGAGAUCGUCUUCGUGUCCUCAGAUCAGGACCAGCGGCAGUGGCAGGAGUUCGUGCGGGACAUGCCGUGGCUGGCGCUGCCCUACAAGGAGAAGCACAGGAAGCUCAAACUGUGGAACAAAUACCGAAUUUCCAACAUUCCAUCGCUAAUAUUCCUAGACGCCACCACUGGGAAGGUCGUGUGCAGGAAUGGGCUGCUGGUGAUCCGCGAUGACCCCGAAGGUUUGGAAUUCCCUUGGGGACCUAAACCUUUCCGGGAAGUCAUUGCCGGACCCUUGCUUAGAAAUAAUGGGCAGUCUCUGGAGAGCAGCAGCCUGGAGGGGUCUCACGUGGGAGUCUAUUUCUCUGCACACUGGUGCCCCCCCUGCCGAAGCCUCACCCGGGUCCUGGUGGAAUCCUACCGGAAGAUCAAGGAGGCAGGCCAGAAAUUUGAGAUUAUCUUUGUUAGCGCAGACAGGUCAGAGGACUCGUUCAAACAGUACUUCAGUGAGAUGCCCUGGCUCGCUGUCCCCUACACCGACGAGGCCCGACGGUCACGCCUCAACCGGCUGUAUGGAAUCCAAGGCAUCCCCACCCUCAUCGUGCUGGACCCGCAGGGGGAGGUGAUCACGCGGCAGGGGCGGGUGGAGGUGCUGAACGACGAGGACUGCAGGGAGUUCCCGUGGCACCCCAAGCCCGUGCUGGAGCUGUCCGACUCCAACGCCGUGCAGCUCAACGAGGGCCCCUGCCUCGUCCUUUUUGUAGAUUCCGAGGAUGAUGGGGAGUCUGAGGCAGCCAAGCAGCUGAUCCAGCCAAUAGCUGAGAAGAUCAUUGCCAAGUACAAAGCCAAAGAGGAGGAGGCGCCGCUUCUGUUCUUCGUGGCAGGAGAGGACGACAUGACUGACUCCCUGCGAGAUUACACCAACCUGCCCGAGGCUGCCCCUUUGCUCACCAUACUGGACAUGUCAGCCCGGGCCAAGUACGUGAUGGAUGUGGAGGAGAUCACCCCUGCCAUUGUGGAGGCCUUUGUGAAUGACUUCCUAGCAGAAAAGCUCAAACCAGAGCCCAUCUAGUGGGGCUCCGGCCUCAUGAGACAUUAUUUAAAACUCAGUCUCCUACUCCUCCUCCUCCUCCCCUUCCUUCCCUCCACCCGUGGACUUUUCCAGCGUGUCCUGAAUCACACAACCCAAGUGUCCAACCUCUCUGUGGUGCCUUGUUUUCCGCAUUAACUCCUCAGCCAGCACCCUAGGGUGCGCGUCCUCUCAGCAGCCGAAGAACCCACCAUGUUUGGAGACUCUGCUUGGGAUUCAGGGGGCUGCCAUAGCCCGGCCAGAGCUGGGGCUGCACCACUCUCUCAGUCACCCGCUCUCGGUGAAGCAUUUGCCAGGGUGUUCUGCCGAGUGAGCGUGAAGGGACAGUGCAUCGGCGCCCUGGCUCGCACAGUUCAGUGACACAGGCGGAGCAGGGAAAGGGCCGCCGCCUCAUUAAGCCUCAGCUUAGAGCUUCUGGUGAGAAAUCCUUUUCUAGGUGACUUAGUCUCUGUUGGCCUGAAGGAGAAACUCUAGUUUGUCAGUUGAUUCUUGGGCAGGGGGUGUGGAAUCUCAAAGGAAGUUUGUGUUCGUUUCCGGUGAGAAAAAAGAAAGAGCUACAGCAAUGAUUCAUAGAGUAAUUGCUUCCUUUAACUUAGCUCCUACCAUGGGAUAAGAGCUUCUCAUUCCUUCCUUAUCUCUCUCUCUCUUCCUUGAUCUUGACCUUUUCUAAGUUUCUGCCUUCUCAUAUGAACAGUCCCUACGAGCUUGGAAUUUCGUUAAUAAAUUCUUCCCCUGGGACAUCUUCCCCAGAAGAUGCACUUGGCUUUGGUUCUUCGAGGAGCACCGCCUCUUGCCAGCACGGACCUCUGCCUCAGCCCAGCUCCUGGAGCUUGCUGAUGUACCUGGGCCCACCUUUGGAUACCCGUCAUUCCCUUUCCUUUUCAAAGCAGAACUAAAAGAGGGACAAAUUACCAGAAGCCUGGCUUUUUCCUAAGAACCUGCAGAAAGAGCUGUGCCCUGGGCUGGGAGUGAGGGUAGAGGACAUGGGGAUGAACAGCAGGCCUCAGAUCCACUUUGCCUGGUAGCUUGGCUUCUUAUUUGGGCUGAACUGAACAGAAAAAGGAGAAUAACAUCUGUGUUCUUAGAGUUGGAAAGGAGGGCUUCGCCUGGGGACUUGCAGAUGUCAGCCUCCCUCAACCAGGUGUCGGGGUCUUCAGAGCAAUCCCAGGCCUCACCCUCGGCUCCACUCACCGCGCUCUGCCAACCAAGGCCAUUUAUUUGGAAAACCCGGCCCCGUUAGCUGUAACACUGUUGUUCCUUGCCGAAUUGGAUUGUUGAUUUGUAGGUCAGAGGUACAAAAUUAGUUGGUAAUUAGACUGUUACUUGAUGUCACCAGCCUCAAAAUGCAGUCACCUAGUAAAUAAAGCAGGCAUCUCUGGACAUUAUCAACCACUUGGCCUUUCCUGACCUUAGUAACAAAAAUCUUCUUGCUUGUGGUGCUGUGCCCUCUUAGGAGGCGGGCAGUGGGGGAUGGGACACAGGAGGUCCAGUAGGUUUUCACUGGCUGCCUGAUAGCUAGCUGUGUGCCAGAAUUAUCAAGAACCCCAAGACCUACGGCAGCCAUCUGUCACAUUCUCCAGAAGUCGGGAAGCUUGUUUGGAUUAGAGCGUCAGAGGCAGGUCCCUGCUGGAGUUCUGGCUGCCCUCUCUCCUGGUUUGACUCGCCGUUGCAGGUGGUGGACUCUCAGAUUAGAUGUCCUUGUGGACACGUGUGCUCAUUCCCUCCCUAUGGGGGGCAGGUGCUCUGAAGUCAGAGAAGGCCAGGUGGGGAAACACAGGAACCCUACCGGUGUCUCCCUGUGAGGAACAGGGCAAUAGUUGGAGGCCCUCAAACACAGCUCUAUCUUAGGGCCAGGGGCUUCUCUGGGAACCCUGCCAGUGUCUCCCUUGGGGGCUGGGCUGGGAGCGGGGACAAGAUGAGGUUCACUGUGAUUGGAAGAUGGUCAGGAUUUCUGUCUGCCCUGUAUCAUGAUCACCUUGGAGGAAAGGUGGUCUCGUAGCAGCUACUUCUGGGGUGGAAGGAACAAAGCCCAGUGAGGAGUCCCUGUAAGUCACUGCAACAGAAAAUUUAGGUCAUCUGUGAUCCUUCUAUGACCCAUACAGGGUUGACUGAACUUCUUGCCACUGAUGUCACCUGGAUCCUUGACGCCCAACUCCCCCUAUUAGGGUGGGUGUGCAGGAGGUUUCACUAGAAAGGUGCGUUGAGUCUGUAUAACAGUGACUGGGGGGACAUGCUGGGGGAGGAGCAACCGGUGCCAGUGAAACAUCCCUGCCUUGAUAGUGCAGAUCUUAAAGGCGACUGAUGCAGAUGAAGUGGGCGGCUUCUUAAUUCCUACUAAGCACCUCCAAAAUACCUUAAAAUUCCUGUUGCUAAUUGGAAGCAGGUUACGCCGCCAGCUGUCACAUAUUCAAGGGUUUCUGACAGCAGCUAAGGAAACCAUGCCCUGCAGGUUGAGGCAGGAUGGUGGUUGUAAAAAUGCCACCCUGGGGCUCCAGAUUUGUGUUCACCACAAUGACUUCCAGAUUCGAUUCUACCAGUUUUCACAACAGAUUUUUUUUUUUUUUUUUUACCAGUCCCCAACAAUAAAGAUCUGCUUAAGAUAAAAGAUAGAUGUUCCAGAUCGGUAUUACAGUGUGAGGCUGCAGAGACCAGAGGGCAGCUGAAAACCAGCUUCCUUUGCCUCCCCUCCACGUGGGUCCUUGAAAUUAAUGGCACAGGGAGCCAGUACUGCUUUUCUGGCAUCAGCCAAGCUCCAAGUGGUAAUUUUCAGCCAGACUUUGUUUUUUCCUGUUGCCUAAUUAAAGACACUGAAAAGCUGUUCUCUCCUGCUGCUUUUUUCUAGGGCAGCAAAAUAAAUUCUGCAAUGAUGUAAAGACAUAGUAGGAUAUGGUCCAGGAACAGAUCCGCCAGCUCUAAUAAGCCAUCACCUCAGGGAGAAAACCACACGUGUGUGGAUGCACGUGUGGAAAGGCUGUACACUUGAAUUUGUGCUGGGAGGGACCGGAGCAAGCAUCUGGUCCAUGUCCCCUGGUCACGCAGCACGAGCAUGCACGCAUUCUGUCCGCUGUCAUUUCCUCUGGUCUGGGCCAGCCUGUGCUUGCCCAGGAGGACUGGGAUGCCACCGCAGGGAGGCUCGGCCGUGCUCUCUGCAGCCUCCUCCGCGUGCUGCUUUGUGAGACGAGCACUGACAGAGGCCUAGGCUUGGGAGCUUUCAGAUUCGCCCUGAAGCGGCUCUGCUGAAGUGAGCAUUUAGCCCGUAUCCCUCUUUGCUGGUACCCACA